GGCAGGAAGGAGAUUUCCGACGAAUCCAACGCGUCAAAAAUUCUAUUCCCCAUUGCCUGGCACCGUGCGACAGGCUUGAUUUCAAGCUAGCUUCGACUCGCGGACGUACAGAUCUCAAGCGUGAAUCGCGCUAGGUGUCCGUCCUGCCGGCUAACCGAGCGUCGACGGCAAAUGGCGGGGAUUCGGCGAUCGCGCGACGACGAAUACCGAACGCCGAUUGUUCGCGCGGUUUCCCUCCCGCAUUUUUCGCGAACGCGUAUCACGAAUAAUAUCGAUAAACGGAGCGGCGCGGACACGACCGAAUCGCCCAACUGCCGUCGCGUGAAUGAUCCUGCGUACGGCGUCACCUUGUCCCGCGUCCCGCCGAGCGUCGAUCCGAAAAAAACUGAGCAGCGCGGUAAACAACGCUCGGUCGCCGAGCGUCGGUUUUCCACGAAAUGACGUAGCGCCGUAAAUACCUCGGUCGAAAACAGUCUAUUGUGAACCGUCGGCGCGAAGUCACGGCUCCUGCUCACUGGACGCGGUAACGUUUGCCGCGGCAAGAAGAAACGUCUGUCACGUCCGAGCGCACGAGAAGUUGAUUGGCUGGCGCUGGUUUCCCUAGCCAAGUUCCGCGGCGCGGCAAAUGUUACCGCGUCCAGUGGGCAGGAGGAGUCCACCAGGGUGCACACCUGUAUAGCGUUUUCGGCCGACUGGACCUGACGCGGGUUUUUCGGCGCUUCCGGAGCGAAUCUGAAGAUACUAGGAACGUGCGCUCGACGGAAAAUCAGAUUGUCGCUGAAUUGUAUUUCAAAACUACGUCGACAUUGUCGAGCACAGUUUCACCGUCGAGGGGAAAAAUAUAAACAGUUGCACACAUCCCGAGCGUUUCGGUACAUCGUUGUCGGAAUCAAACGUGGAAAAGGAAACGGCAAAAGUAACACGGCGAGUCUCACAAUCAGUACACACAGAAACGAGGAAAGAUGUCGAGAACGGCUGAAAUGAUAGGAGUUAAAAUGUUCAUUUACCAUUCAUUUGCUGGAAGAAAUAUAAAUUUUUUCAAAGCGAUAAUAGGCACGCCCAAUGUCCGUAUAGUGGAUGUUGCAAUCAUAAAACCAGUUCAGUUAACGAAAGUAUUAGUUUCACCGUCCAAGGAAAGGACACCUGAUAUGAUUUUCAUUACUGGUGAAUCCACUGUCGCUGAGAGUUAUUUUGCAAAUGAUGCAAUUGAAGAUGUUAUUGUCGGUCGCAAAGCACUGCCUACACAAUUAGUAAACCUGAUGACAGACAUAGAAGACAAACUGGAGAAGAUUACGCAUUAUAGACCUAGAUGUGGAAUACGCAACAAGAUGUUAUUCGUUAAUAUGUCUGGCAUAUAUUGCGAUAAAAGAGAAUACAUUUCAGAUCUUUUAAAUAUGCUGGUGGGUGCGGUACAUUACAUACGUAAAACUGAAAAUGAACACUUUUCGCUGUCUGAUGAUGCACUCUCUGCCGAUAGUGAUCUUUCAGAGCAGGAAGAUGAGGAGGACAAUUUUGAGGCAUACUCUUCUGACUCCUCGGAGAAAUUAUUUGCAAAGAAUGUAAGCGAGAAUGCAGACUACGACUAUGAGGGACUAGUUCCUAAUAUAAUUCCUGUGGAUAAAGUAGCUGAAAUAUUCCAAACAAUAGCAUUUGAAGAUAAAAAAAUUAGUAGUUCUGAAUUGGUAAAGAUAAGCGAUGCAUGUGGCAGAAUAUUGUGUACAGAUGUACAUUCGAAUUGUAACGUGCCACCAUUUAGAACAUCCAAGAAGCAUGGAUAUGCAGUGUUGGCGAAGGAUGGAAUAGGAAAAAGAAGAGUGCAGGAAGAGGGAAAUAGAUUUCCCCCGAUUCCGCUUCAACCUGGAACAUGCUUAUGGGUAAACAGUGGAGCGCCUAUUCCCGAAGGAGCAACAGCGGUUGUACAUGUAGAGGAUACAAAGCCAUUAGAAAAAUUUCCAAACGACGACAGCAAGUAUAUUGAGAUAAUGAUUCAACCGCAACAUGGACAAAACAUUAAAACUGUUGGUUACGACAUAACGAAAGGUAAAAGUAUUAUUCAAAAGUUCACACGUAUUGGAUCACUAGAAAUAGGACUCUUGGCAGUUGCCGGCUACAAAGAAGUUAUAGUCAUUAAACAGGUGUCAAUAGGUGUGUUAUCCAUCGGCAAUAACUUGCAAGAACCUGGAGCAUCUUCGAAACCAGGAUUUGUUUACGAUAUUAAUAGAAUAACUUUAAUCUCUCUACUGAAAGAAAAUGGCUUCUCUCCUUUGGAUCUCGGAAUCGUGAACAUUAACUUAAUGUCCAUGCGGGAGAAAAUCGCGAAAGCGUUAAAACAAGCAGAUGUACUUGUGAUAACAUGCUUUGUUAACAACAAAGAUUAUUUGAAAACCAUCUUAACAGUAUACUUUAGAGCUACAAUAUAUAUUGAUAAUAUAAAUAUAAAACCAGGAAGGUCAACGACAUUUGCAAGUUGCAAAUUUAAUGGCGAGAAGAAGUAUUUCUUGUGCUUAUCGGGAAAUCUGACAUCCGCUUUAGUUGCCGCACAUUAUUUCGUUUUGCCCUUUAUACAAAUGUUGCAUCUCAUUGAAAUGCCGUAUCCUGCUAUAAUAUCAGUUAAGGUAAAAGAUGCAUUUGUUUUACAUCAUCGUCCUGCAGUAGUGUUGGCACGUUUACAAUGGUUGAAGACAGAAAAGUUUGCAAGGGUUUCCAGCAUUUGUAAACUCCACAAGGAUAGAUUGUGUAAUAUAAUAGGUUCAAACGCAUUUUUGCUAUUACCAUUUAAGGAAAAGGAAGUAAACAUAUUACAUGAAACCAACAAAAUAUUACCAGCAAUGCUUAUCGAUCAUUAUAAAGAUUCCAGCAAUCAUGAUGCUCUAAAGGAAUCUUAAUGAAGUACCACUUAUGUCUCUCAGGGAUAUUAAUAAAACGUUAUUAAUACGUUAUUUGAUGCCGUCACGUUUGCUAACGUUAGAAUAUAGUACAAAUUUUAGAAUAUGGUAUAAAUUCUAAGACGCAUCGAUUUGAAGUAGAGAAACUAAUAACACUUCACUAACUUAUUUCCCCAUACAGCACACAAAUGUUGAAUCAACAUCUCAGAAACGUUUCAUUACAACAUUGCAAAUAUUG